CUCGCCCGGCUUUUGCAGGGAAAGGAGUGGGGCGAACAUGGCUGAAGGCAGUCGGGGUGGCACAGCGUGCGGAGGAAUGGGAGGCAGGCAGGACCCGGUCUCCAGCAGCGGGAGCUGCAACUUCCCAGAGUACGAGCUUCCCGAGCUAAACACGCGCGCUUUCCAUGUGGGCGCCUUCGGGGAGCUGUGGCGUGGCCGGUUGCGCAGGGAAGGGGACUUGUCGCUGAAGGAGCCUCAGGAAUCCGCGCUGCCUGGGAGCCACGGUGUCGCGGACCGGGGCCAGGAGGAUGCUGCGGUGGCCCGGGAUCUGGGCUGCAGCCUUGAGGCCGCGGCCGAGCUGCGGACGGUGUGCGGCGUUGAUAAACUGAAGUGCCUUGAGGAGGGCGAGGAUCCGGAUGUCGUCCCUGAGAAUACUGACCUAGUGACUUUGGGGGUUAGAAAGAGGCUUCUGGAACAGCGGGAGGAAACUAUAACCAUAGAUCGGGUUUGUAGACAAGAAACAUUUGCUUACGAGAUGGAGUCACAUGCCAUAGGAAAAAAGCCUGAAAAUCCAGCAGACAUGAUUGAAGAAGGGGAGCUUAUCCUAUCUGUGAAUAUCUUGUACCCUGUUAUAUUUCAUAAGCACAAAGAACACAAACCAUACCAGACAAUGCUGGUCUUGGGCAGUCAGAAGCUCACAGAACUGAGAGAUUCAAUUUGCUGUGUCAGUGACCUGCAGAUUGGUGGGGAAUUCAGCAGCACGCCCGAUCAAGCUCCUGAGCACAUAAGCAAAGACCUGUACAAAUCAGCCUUCUUUUAUUUUGAAGGGACAUUUUACAAUGAUAAAAGAUACCCUGAGUGCAGAGAUUUGAGCAGAACUAUCAUUGAGUGGUCAGAGUCCCAUGAUAGAGGCUAUGGAAAAUUUCAGACUGCUAAAAUGGAAGAUUUCACCUUCAAUGACCUGUAUAUUAAACUGGGUUUUCCUUACUUAUAUUGUCACCAGGGAGACUGUGAACAUGUUGUUGUCAUUACUGACAUAAGGCUUGCACAUCGUGAUGACUGCUUGGAUAGGACACUUUAUCCCCUUCUUAUCAAGAAGCAUUGGCUAUGGACCAGAAAAUGUUUUGUUUGUAAAAUGUACACAGCCAGAUGGGUGACGAACAAUGACAGUUUUGCACCAGAGGACCCAUGUUUCUUUUGUGAUGUGUGCUUUCGGAUGCUCCACUAUGAUUCAGAAGGCAACAAACUAGGAGAAUUCCUUGCUUAUCCUUAUGUUGAUCCUGGAACCUUUAAUUAGUAACAAAAAAAUGUACCUUGUGAAGUACCUGU